GCCAAUGGGUGCAGCCUAAAAAAUGGUGGCAUUUUGCAUACUUGUGCCUUAAGGCCUAUGUAUAUCUAUGGGGAUAAAAGUCCAUUCAUUUCUGUCCAAAUGGUCAGGGCCCUCAAAAAUAAUGGUAUUCUGGGUGUUACUGGAAAAUUCUCUAUAGCCAACCCAGUGUAUGUAGGCAAUGCAGCCUGGGCACACAUUCUGGCUGCCAGAGGCCUACGAGAUCCCAAGAAGUCACCAAGCAUCCAAGGUCAGUUCUACUACAUCUCAGAUGACACCCCUCACCAAAGCUAUGAUGAUUUAAACUUUGCUGUGAGCAAGGACUGGGGCUUCCACGUUGAUUCCAGUUGGAGCCUUCCUCUGCCCCUGCUCUACUGGCUUGCUUUCCUGUUGGAAACUGUGAGCUUCCUGCUGCGUCCAAUCUACAACUUCCGGCCUCCAUUUAACCGCCACUUGGUCACACUGUCAAAUAGUGUGUUCACCUUCUCCUACAAGAAAGCUCAGCGAGAUCUGGGCUAUGAGCCACCUGUCAGCUGGGAGGAAGCCAGACAGAAAACUUCACAGUGGAUCGGGUCACUAGUGGAGCAGCACAAAGGGACACUGAACACAAAGACUCAGUGAUGUGACCAUGGCAGGGACGUGGCCCUGGGUGCUGUCAGUUGGUAGUUGCCAGGUCCUCCAGAAGGGACAGAGGCACAACCCAGGUCCUGCUGCCUCCCUUUGACACACAAACCAACUUGGUGUCUUCCUCAAGUCUCCAGAUGCUUUGCCAGUCACUGGCCCUGACACAAGCUUUCUUCCCUCAGCACCUGCCCAGCAACACAGGGUUGCUGUGUCUUGGCUCCUAGUUCCAAACUCUCAGCACCUCUUGUACCUUAGAGGUCUCUUCACUGGUUUCAUCUCCUCACUAAAUGCAUUUCUCAUCUCUGAAAAAUUCCCAUUGCUCUCUGAAGCUCAAUCAAAGGAUCAAUAAAUACUGAUUAGUACAUCAUCUGCA